AUGUCGAGUAAUACAACGGCCAAUACCAUUUCAAGUGGCCGACUCAUUGUCGCUUAUUAUCCAUUUUCAUUGAUUAUUGUUGGUACAAUUUUAAACCUGACAACGUUGUUCAUUCUUUUUCGGCCUGUCUUUCGAGAUACAACAAGACAACCGGUUGUUUAUUACAUGCGUACGAUCGCUGUGUUUGAUAUUCUGAUGCUAUAUGGCUGGAAUCUUGAUCAUUAUUUGGACAUCGUACAUGGGUUUAUACUUUUAACGUAUACAAUACCGACGUGCAAAAUUUUUGGAUUUUUGAAUUAUUUCGCUGGACAAUCAUCAGCAUGGCUUCGCGUAUUCGUCUGUUUAGAUCGAUACUUAGCAGUAAGUCGCCUUCAUCGCACAUGGUUCAACCGCCGAAAAGGUGUUUCAAUCAUUAUCAGUACAAUCAUCACGGUUAUAACCUUGUUCAAUCUACACUUUUUCAUCUUUGCUUGUUUCCAUCGAUCCAAUGGUACGAUUAAUCCCAAUGCUCAACUCUACCGCAUUUAUCCUCUCUGGGAUUAUAUCAAUUUAGGUGUAUACAAUUGUGCACCAUUUAUAUUCAUGGUUACACUCAACACAAGCGUUAUUUAUCAUUUGCUACAGCGUCGUCAAAUGCAAAUCAUUCAAAAUUCACGUAUUCAACACCGAACAAUAUCAAUUACAUUGGUAAUAACAACAUUUCUCUUUUUAAUUAUGACUAUUCCAGCUACGAUUGUUGCUGCAUUUUUCUUCACCACUCCAACGACAACACUAGCGAAAGUACUCGAUUCCACACUUUAUACUUACCAUGCAUUGUCCUUUAUCAUCUAUUUCAUAACAUUUAAAGAAUUUCGACAAGAAUGUUUGAUUUUGUUUGGUUGUUACAAUUACAAUAUUUUUACAUUAUCCCAUAAUUCUGUUGAGAAUUUUAUGAAUGAUCCACAAAUACCAACGACGAUAACGAUAACUCCUGCACAGCAGAAUCGUCAUAAUAAAACUCGAGUAUAUGCUCUUCGGUGUAUCGUGGGUGCAUGGUUAGUUGGUUUAAUCAUGCUAAUACCUAUCAUUAUGUCUAUCUCUUUGAGUAAGAUCAACGUGUUUGUUCAUGCGAUCAUCCAAGGAACGACAACGGUGAAUUCUUAUAUUUCAACAACAGGCACUCCUAUCGUCAGUACGAGUAACAAUUCAGUUACAUCGAUGACUAAUAAUACCAAUGUAACUAUCAACCCUCCAGUUCGAAAAUGUCAAAACUUAACUUUUACUUCGUAUAUGUCAUAUGCAACUGGGACUAAACCGUGGUCCGUAGCUGCUGGUCACCUGAAUGGUGAUAAUUAUACAGAUUUGAUUGUUGCUAAUCGUAAUAGUUAUACGGUUGGUAUCUACUUUAAUAAUGGCGAUGGAACAUUUCAAAAUCAAAAACUUGUAAUUAACGGUUCACUACCACAAUAUGUUAUUGCCAAAGACGUCAACGAUGAUCAGAAUAUAGAUAUUCUAAUUGCUGAGAGCGCAUCUAACGCAAUAGGUGUUUCCUUGGGAAAUGGUUACGGUGGCUUUACUGCUGAAGUUGACUAUUCCGUGGGUAUGUAUCCAUACUGGAUCGAUACUGGCGACUUGAAUGGCGAUCAGAACGUUGAUCUUGUCAUCGUUAAUGACUAUAAUUCUAACGUCGAUGUCUUGCUUGGCGAUGGUCAUGGACGUUUCGAUACCGGAUAUACUUAUUCUACUGCUCAAUAUCCGGUCGCCGUAGCUAUCAUAAUACGAUUAGUUUAUUUCUUGGAUAUGGUAACGCAACGUUUCGAACACGGAGACGAUUCUCCACGGGCAAUUCACCAUGGGGAAUAG